UAUCUCUCACAGAGAGCCACGCUUAGUUGUGAGGUUUCAGAUUCCAAGACAGAGGUAAAGUGGUACAAGGAUGGCAAGCUGCUGACUUCCAGCAAAGGAGCCCACAUGGAGUCUAAGGGCAAAACUCGUGAGCUGGUGAUAGAAAAAGUGGAGAAAAAGGAUGCUGGAGAAUAUACGUGUGAGGCUGGAACAGAGAAGCUGGUAUUUAAGUUGCAGCUAACAGAUUUAGCCAUAAAGUUCCAGAAGAAAUCUGUCAAGGACACAUGCGUGGUUCAAGCAAGUGAAAGCAUUGUUUUAUCCACUGAACUGACUGCAGAGGGCGGUAGUGUGAGAUGGUUUAGAGAUGGCGUGGAGCUCAAGGAGAGCAGCAAGCAUGAAAUGAAAAAAGAGGGCCUUUCUCGUACCCUGAUAGUGAAAUCUGCAGAAAUGAAAGACAGUGGAACGUACUCUUGUCAAACUGCGGAUGAUAAACUGGAGUUCAAAGUUCAAGUUAAAGAUUCAGCUUUGAAGUUUGUUCUCCCUUUGAAACCUGCCACAGUGGAACUGGGAGGUACACUAAGCCUGAUUUGCGAACUAAAUCAAGCUUCAGGGGAUGCUGUAUGGCACCAUAAUGGCCGCGAGAUUAAACCUGGAGGCAGGUUCUGUGUCAGAGCAGAUGGUGCUAGGCGAAUUCUCACUGUGACUGGCAUGACUAAGGAAGAUGAAGGAGAAUACAGCUGUGAAUGUAGAAAUGACAAGACAUCUGCUAAAGUCUCCUCUAAAGCACCAAGAUUAGUGAGGCUGGUCACCAAACUGAACAACGUGGUUGCAACGGAGCAGAAAGAUGCCGUUUUCAAGUGUGCCGUCAGCCCAGCAGACGUCAGCGUCAGAUGGUUCCACAACAGUAUCCCCAUCGUUUCUGGGCAGAAGUAUAAGCUUGAGCAAGGUGGUGGCAGCCACUCACUUACCAUCACCUCAGUCACUCAGAAAGAUGCAGGAGAGAUAAGUGUUGAUGCAGAAGGCAAAAGCUGCAAAGCUACUCUACAAGUGCAACAUGAACCUGUGACUUUCAAGAAAAAGCUAGAAAACCUGACAGUGGAGGAGCAAAGCGAAGUGAGGAUGGAAGUGGAGCUCAGUAAGGCAUCGGAUGAAGUCAGGUGGAUGAAGAACAGUGUCGUGCUGCAACCUGCGGGAAACAUGGAGAUUCGGGUAGAGGGAGCUAAGCAGGCUCUGGUCUUCAAGAGUGUGACUUAUGCUGACCGUGGCAUCUACUCUUGCGAAACUCUGGAUGAUAAGACCCAGGCCAAGCUCAGCGUGGAGAUGAAGAAGAUCCAGGUAAUAAAGGGUCUAACAGAAACCAAGGCACGUGAAACAGAGACAGUAACACUUGAGGUAGAACUCAGUCAGGCCAAUGUUGAAGGCUCCUGGAACAGAGACAGGGUCAAAUUAAAGUCAGGGCCAAACUGCCAUAUCACAGCUCUGGGAAAGAAGCACAUCCUGACAUUGUCCAGUCUCAAGCAGGAGGAUGCAGGAAUGAUUUCCUUCCAGGCAGAGGGAGUGCAUACUUCAGCUAAACUGAUCGUCACAGAAGCUCCUGCUAUGAUCUCCAAACCUAUUAUGGAUAUGAGUGUUCCUGAGAAGGAGAAGGUUACGUUUGAAUGUGAAGUGUCCAGAGCGAAUGCAGAUGUUAGAUGGUUCAAGGAUGAGGUGGAACUAAAACCGGGAAAGAACUUUGCUAUUCAUUCAUUGGGCCAAAAGCGCACUUUGGCCAUCAACAAAUGCUCCCCUGAAGAUGGAGGCACGUACAUCUGCCGUACUACUGAUGAUAACACCUCCGCCAAGCUCACUGUUCAUGCCAGAGAUAUCAAGAUCAUUAAGAAGCUGGAAGAUUUGGAGGUAAUGGAGAAGGAGAGUGCUAAAUUUGCCUGUGAAAUCUCACACGAUGAAGUGGAGUGCCAGUGGUACAAAGGAAACACAAAACUCAAAGCCACUGACAACAUAAAGAUGAGGCAAGAAGGCAGAACUUAUGUGCUGCUUUUCAAGUCUGCUACCCCAGAAGAUAUGGGUGAAAUUAUGUUUACAGCUGAGAAAGCAUCUUCAACUGCUAAACUUAAAGUGAAAGAGCUGCCUGUGAAGUUUGUGAAGCGACUCAGGGAUAAGAUAGCGAUGUAUAAGCAUCGUGGUCAUCUUGAAUGCCAAGUGUCACGGGCCAGUGCAAAGGUGAAGUGGUACAAGAACAAGACGGAGAUCAAACCCAGCAAGAAGUACGAGAUCAAAAGCGAAGACCUGUACCGAAAGCUCACCGUUAAUGAUGUGGACUCUGGGGAUGAAGACACGUAUACCUGUGAUGCCACUGAUGACAAGACAUCCUGUAAACUGCUUGUGGAAGAGCAGUCCAUCAGCAUAGUGCGGGAACUUAGUCCAGUAGAAGUCACAGAACCCUUUGCAGCUGUUUUUGAAGUGGAAAUCAGUAUGGAACUGGUGAAACCUCCUGUAUGGACUUUGAAUGGAGUUGCUCUGCAGGAGGGGCCUGAUGUCGAACUGGAGAAAGAAGGCACGAUGCACCGUCUCACUUUCAAAAAGACUAAAGCAUCAAUGACGGGAGCUGUACAGUUUACAGCUGGGAAGAGCAAAUCUUUAGCCCAGCUCACAGUUAAAGAGCGCCCACUUGAGAUUGCAGAAGCCAUUAAAGAUGUUAAGGCGAAGGAGAAAAGUUCAGCCAUACUCAGCUGCAAGUUCUCUGCUCCACCCAAAGAGGUUAACUGGUUCAAAGGUCGAGCACCUCUGGCAGCUUCAGACAAGUACAACAUCAAGCAAGAUGGUACACGUGCCCAAAUUACCAUUCACAGGCUGACUGAGGAGGACAGUGGAGAGUACCGCUGUCAGUCUGGACCUGCUGAGACCAAAGGCACACUUACUGUUGAAGUGCGUGAAAUCAAAAUCACCAAGCACUUGGCCAAUACAGAAGUCGAUGAAGACAGCGAUGCGGUAUUCACCUGUGAGAUUAACUACGCUGAUGAAGAAGCUCAGUGGCUUCUGAAUGACAAGGUGCUCUUCACAAAUGAAGUUAACACCAUCGCUCAUGAGGGGAAGGUUCACAAGCUGACACUGAAGAACCUGGCACCUCAAGAUGGAGGAACAAUCACCUUUCAGGUCCGCAAGGUCAAAGAGUCUGUCACACUCAAGGUUAAAGAGAAGCGCGCUGUGUUCCUCAAGUCACUAGAUGAUGUUAUUGGAGAAGAGAAAGGCAUGAUCACUCUGGCGUGUGAGGCAUCCAAGCCAAGAGUUUCCCCCACAUGGAGAAAAGAGGGUAAAGUCUUAAAAGCUGGGCCAAAAUAUGAGCUUCUUCACACAGGCAAGUCUUUGGGCCUGAUCAUCAAGGAUGUCACCAAAGACGAUGCUGGGGAGUACAGCUGUGACCUUGGCACUGAGGUAUCCAAGGCAAAGGUUACGGUCAGAGAAAUUGGUAUUGGAAUAACUAAAUGGCUGAAAUCAGUUGAAGUGAAUGAGGGAGAGACAUGCAGCUUUGAGUGCAUCCUGUCUCGUGAGAGCACAGAUGAGUGCUCCUGGACUGUCAAUGGCCAAGCUGUUACAAAUAGAGGCCGCUUUAGCGUCUCCACCAAAGGACGCAAAUACAUGCUCACUAUUAAAGAUGUCUCCCCUGCUGAUGCUGGUGAGGUAGUCUUCAGUAUCAAAGACUUGAGCUCCAAAGCAACAUUGACAGUUGAAGGUAAAGCUUCAUCUGUAUCAAAAGGACUGCAGAAUAUUUGUGUCGUUCAAGGGGAAGAUGCUGUUUUUACUUGUGAGGUGACACAGGCUAGUUUUGCUGUAAAGUGGGCCAAGGAUGGUAAAGCCAUCAAAAAGAGCCAGAAAUAUGAGCUCAGCCAGCAAGAUAGAGUCAUGAAACUGACCAUCCAUAAUGUGUCUGCUCAAGACUCUGGAGAGUACAGCUGUGAAGUUAUUGGAGGUGCAACCACCAGAGCUAAGCUAGAAAUCAAGGAGCCAAUCCAUAAAUUCACUAAAAUGCUAAAGGACAGUGAAGCAGACGAGAAGGGCUCCGUGACUCUGCAAUGCACGACGGAACAAAUCCCAUCCACGGUUGUAUGGCUUAAAGGUCACACAGAGCUCAAGGCUGGAGGGCGAUAUGAGAUGUGUCAGAAAGAUGGCGUCUUAACUCUCACGAUCAAACAACUGGAGGAGAAUGAUACUGAUAUCUACACUUGUGACGUAGGCACUGCCAAGAGCAUGGCCAAGGUGACCGUUAAAGCUGUGAAGCUGGCAGCUCCUCCUUCAGCUGCUACAGAAUCCAAGAGGCAGGAAACCAAAGAAAAAGAAUCUCUGUCUGUAGCUGCUAAAGACAAGCACAAGAGGCAAGAGAUAAAUGAGAUGGUAGAAGCGGUGACAUUGACAACAACUGAACAAACUCCUAAACAGGAUUUUCAGGGACAUUCAAGAGAGCUUAAAGUGGGAAGUGAAGCUGAUAAGCCUUUUGCUGGAACCACUGACAAACCAGCUACCCAGCGACAGGGGACCAAAGAGCAGCUUGCAGCACAGACCUCAGCAGUGACUUUGACAGCUGAAGCUGAGAAGCAGGACACCCUAAAGAAAACUGAAGUUCUUCCAGUCAUAUUCAUUCGAGACCUGGAGAGCCAAGUAGCUGAAGAGGGAGGUAGUGUUACCUUGCACUGUGAGCUAUCAAAACCUGGAGUCCAUGUAGAGUGGAAGAAAGGAUCAGAAGUCCUGAGCUGUGGAGAAAAGUACCAGAUAAAACAAAAAGGAUUCUGUCAUGAGCUGCACAUUCUUGAUUUGAGGCCUGGAGAUACAGGAAGCUAUUCCUGCUCUUUAGAGGAUACAAUAAGCUCAGCAUCUCUGGUUGUAAAUGCUCUUCCAGUUAUUUUCACAAAAGAGCUGGAAAGCCAAACGGCUGAUGAGGGUGACAGUGUCACCCUGAACUGUGAACUAUCUAAAGCUGGUGUUCCUUUGGAGUGGAGGAAGGGAGAACUUGGUCUUUGUCCUUGUGCAAAGUAUGAAAUUAGACAAAAAGUACACCUGGCUACACUAAUAAUCCAUGAUGUUGACUCAGAGGAUUCUGGGAGUUACACAUGUGAUGCCGGUGAUCGUCGUAGCACUGCGCAGCUAACUGUGAAGGCCAAGCCUGUCCUUUUCAAAACCCAGCUACAGAACCUUGAAGGACAAGCAGGAGAGAGCGCCUGUCUUCGUUGUGAAAUCACAAAGCCGGGUGUCAGUGUGGUCUGGAGGUGUGGUGAUCAGGUGCUGGCAUCCAGCAGCAAGUAUCACCUGAAGCAGGAAGGGACUGUAGUUGAGCUUAUUAUCUACAAACUGCAAGGAACUGACUCAGGAGAGUACUCCUGUGAUACAGGCAGGCAGAAGACUUCAGCUGUCCUCACUGUGAAGGAGGUCGAGGUUAAAAUACUGAAAUUCUUGGAGAGCUGCGUUGUGUUCGAGGGUGAAGAUGUCUGCUUUGAGUGUCUGGUUUCUCAUGAGGAGGCACCAAUGGCACUGUGGAAACUCCAGGAUGUCCCUCUGCAGAAUAAUGAAAUGAACCUGAUCAAGGUUGAGGGCCGGCUGCACAGCCUCACACUCAGAGGCGUCACUACAGCUGAUUCAGGGACAGUAACUUUCACUGUGGGAAACCACACUUCCACAGCUUCUCUGACAGUCAGAGCUGCACCUGUAGUAUUCAAGAAGGAGCUGAAAAGUCAAGAGGCCAAAGAAGGAGGCGAAGCCUCUCUGUCCUGUGAGGUAUCAAGCCCUGAUCACAAGGUGACCUGGUGGAAGGGCUCAACUCUUCUCACACAGGGAGAGAAAUACAUCAUGGAGCAAAAAGCAACCACUCACAUUCUGAUCAUACACAAGCUGAUCAUGGAGGAUAGUGGGGAAUAUACCUGUGAUACUGGAGACCAGAAAAGCACUGCUACCCUGACUGUAAAAGAGCAUGUGCGAAUCACUCGAGAACUCUGCGACAUUACUGUGACCACUGGGAAAGACGCCGUCUUUGAGGUUGAGCUGUCACACUCUGGUGUCACCAAUGGGGAAUGGUGGCUUUCAGACAACCUGCUUCAAAAUAAUGAUCUGAAUCAAAUGAGCAUUAUAGGGAGAGUGCACCGCUUGGUCCUCAAGAUGGUAACCACGGAUGAAUCUGGAGAUGUUGCCUUCGUGGUGGGAGAAGAGAAGAGUGUGGCCUGUCUUCUGGUGGAGGAAAAACCCAAAGUGCUAAUAUUAGAGAAGCCACACAACACUGUUGCAUUAGAAGGUGAAACGGUCACUUUGGCCUGCACCAUCUCUGACCCCAGUGGUAAGGUUACCUGGAUCAAAAACAAUGUGGCCCUCCAAGCGGGUCUCAAGUAUGACCUGAAGAAGAAUGCAGCAUUUCAUCAGCUUCGUAUUCACAACCUGGUGGCCGACGAUGCCGGAACGUAUACCUGUGACACUGGGGAUGCACAGUGUGAUGUCACGCUGACUGUGGAAGGUGCUCCAGUCUUCUUCCAGACAGAGCUCAAGAACCAGGAUGCCAUAGAGGGUGAUGAUAUUACUCUGCACUGUGAGCUCUCUAAGCCGAGUGUUUGUGUUGAGUGGAGGAAAGGAGGAUUAGUCCUCCGGCCUGGUAAGAAGUAUGAGAUGAGACAGUCAGGGUGUAUUCAAGAGCUCUGUAUAUGGAAUCUGGAGCCUGAUGACAGUGGCUACUACACCUGCGAUGCAGGAGACCAGCUCACUACAGCUUCUUUAGCAGUGCAAGCAAAAGAAGUCUUCAUUGUUUCUGGCCUUAAGUCCACCGAUGUUUUUGUUGGCGAAUGGGCAACUUUCUCCUGCCAGCUCUCUGGUAAAGCCCACAGCAAGGUGCAGUGGUGGCUGGAUGGCAGCUUGUUGGAGAACAGCCCCUUUAGUGAGAUAGGGCUGGCCCAGGGCCACAUCCACACACUCACCUUAAAGAACCUGGCCACAGAUGACUCUGGCACUGUCACCUUCAAAGCUGGCAGUUUAACAUCAACAGCCAAGCUCUUGGUCAAAGAUCCCACAGUUGAAGUGGUGAGCGAGAUGGAGGACCUUCGGGUGGUUGAAAACCAGCCGGCUGAGUUCAUCUGCCAGUACUCAAGACCAGUGAAGGCUCAGUGGAAGAAAGAUGGGCAGCCUUUGCAGCCUGAUGGCCGAAGGGUGGUAGUGGAGCAGGACUGGAAUGUGGCUCGCUUGUACAUUAGCCAUGUGUCUGCUGAGGACAGGGGCACAUACUCCUGUGAGGCAGAGGGGACCUGCGUGGUCGCUUCACUUCAUGUGGAAGCCAAACCCAUUACCAUUGUUCAGGGCCUGGAGAAUGUGGACACUUUUGAUGGAGGCGAAGCGCUCUUUGAGUGUGCCCUGUCUCGUCCUGAGAGCAAAAACUGCCAGUGGCUCCUUGAUGGCAAACCACUGAAAGAAUCCCCUAAUGCUGAGGUUGUAUCAUUCGAGAGCGGUCGUCGCCAUCUGCUCCUGCUGAAAGAGCUGCGCGUCAAAGACAGUUGCACGGUGACUUUCAGAGCUGGCGCAGCGUCCACAUCUGCCCAGCUCACUGUUAAAGGUUGGCAGUUGGCCAUUGUGAAGGGUUUGGAGGACAGAGUGGCUGCAGUGGGGGAGAAAGUCGAGUUCUGUGUUGAGCUCACGGAGGUGGUCCCUACGACAGAAGUGGUCUGGUAUGCUAAUGGAGUUGAGCUGAAGCCCAGUGAUCUCUGGGCUAUGAGGGCCGAUGGUCGGUCUUACCGUCUUGUCCUGAGACAGGCGCCUCUUUUGCCCCAGCAGGAAAUUACAUUUGCUGCCAGAGAUGCUAUCUCUCUGGCCAAGCUCACCAUCAUCACUGUGCCUGAUCCUCCAGAGGAUCCGGAGGUCCUCAGUAAGACAAAAAAGUCUGUUACCCUCUCUUGGUUCACACCUUUGCAUGAUGGAGGAAGUCCCAUUCUGGGCUACAGAGUGGAGAUCCGAAUGGUAGACAGUGCCCUUUGGCUUCCAUGUCAUUCUGAGCCUGUGCGUAACACCGAAUUUGUGGUUGAAAAUCUCAGUCCAGGCAGUGCCUACAGGUUUAGAGUGGCAGCCAUCAACAGAGCAGGGAUAGGGGAGCCUGUUGAGCUGCCUCAGACUGUUCAGCUUGAAGCACCUCCUCUGCCACCGAUUACUCCAGAUGCAAAACAGGAAGUGACCGAGGCACUGGGACAGCCCAGUCUUCCUCCUGAGGCUGCUGAAGAAGGUGAUCUCCAUGAACUUUGGGAAGCAUCAGCCAAGAAACGACGCAUGAGUCGGGAGCCAACUCUGGACUCCAUCUCUGAACAACCAGAGGAGGAUGGCAAAAGGGGUCAGAGCAAAUUAGACCAGAAUCAGCUUCCACAAUCUGAGAAAGUGGAAGUCAAAUCAGCAGAGAAGGAGCAGGCCAUUGUGUCAAAGAAGCAGACAGAAACCAGCCUGUGCACCAGCUCUGAGGAUGAGUCUGUUUCUGGGGGUUCGACACUUGUUUCCUACCUCAAAAAGAGCAGCAAGACUACUGAGACAGUGACAAAGGAAGCAGAUACUCUAGCCACUGAGAGGUUCUUUGCACAUUUCCAAAUGUCAGAGCAGAAAACUGUGCAGCAGACAGAAGUGAAAACAACUGUAGCUCAGCAAACCCAAGAAAAACACGUGUCUACAGAGGAAACUAGCAUCAUGGAGAUCGGUAAAGAGGAUGACCCUGAGCUCAGAGAAGCUGCUGUUAAGAUUCAAGCUGCCUUCAAGGGGUACAAGGCCCGCAAGGACAUGCGUCCUGUUUUUAAAGAAGUCUUCAAAGACCAGACUAAAGAACCUAAUGGCACCAUACAUCUGGAAUGUGUGACAGAAGGUAAACCUGAUAAGGUCCGCUGGCUGAAAGAUGGAGAACCACUGACGGAUGGCAAGCAUCAUCAUAUUGAUAUCUAUAAUGAUGGCACCUGCUCACUGGUCAUUACUGCAAUCACCACCAAGGACACUGGAGUUUACACAUGUGAAGCCACUAACAAGUUUGGGGUAGCUUCUCACAGUGGUAAGGUGACUGUGGGAACGGUAAGAGAAUCAUCGGGCCGACGGCCGCUUACUGUAGGUUACAGUGCUGACAGUGAGCCUGAGAGCUCCUCCGGAAGUGAGAUGGAUGAAUCGCUGAGACAGGCAAGCAGACGCCUCCGGCGCCUGUUGCGCACGCGUCUCCCACCAGAUGUUGAGGAAGAACCAUUUGUCAGUGCAGAUGAAGGAGACUUGCGAGCCCCAGACCCACAAUCUUACCGUGAAGAUGACAAUUAUAUCUACAUUCGUUUUGAUUCACGGACAGAAGCUGAAGUUGCCUCUACGAGAUUUCAGGAGAUGUUUACAGUCCAUGGGGUUCCUGUGGAGACCACAAUCUUACCUGCAGGGCCUCACAAAGUGGAGCUGCGAAUUAAAAAGAUGAGCUACAUACAAGAUGGUACACAGACGCCCACACAAGAUAGACAGCCUCCUGCUUUCAUGACUGGAGCUCCAGCUGCACCGGUCUUCUUAACCGAGCUACAAAGUCAGGAUGUUCCAGACGGUUAUCCAGUCAGCUUUGACUGUGUUGUGAUUGGCAAGCCACCUCCCACUGUUCGCUGGUAUAAGGAUGGCAAGCUGCUGGAGGAGAACGACCAUUACAUGAUCAAUGAAGACCAGGAGGGCUGCCACCAACUUAUCAUCACCACUGUGUUGCCUACUGAUAUGGGGGUCUAUCGCUGCACAGCUGAAAACAGCAGUGGCAUUGCAUCUACUAAAGCUGAACUCAGGGUUGACAUGUCUUGCAGCUCAGAUUAUGACACUGCUGCUGAUGCCACUGAGACGUCUUCUUACGUUAGUGCCAAAGGAUACAUGUCCAGGGAAACUGAGACCUUUGAGUCUGUAGCUGAAGAUGAUCAGCUACCGCAGGUUGUGGAGGAGCUUCAUGAUGUUCACGUCUGUCCAGGUUCACCUAUUGCAAAGAUGCAGCUUAAAGUAAAGGGUUUCCCAAAACCCAGAAUAUACUGGUUCAAAGAUGGCCACCCUCUACGACCUUCAGAAAGAAUUCAUUUGUUAGCAGAGCGAGACGUUCAUGGCGUGGAGAUCACGGAGGUGAAAAAAGAGGAUAUGGGGGAGUACUCCGUCUACAUCAGCAAUGCAGCUGGUUCUGCUUACUCCUCUGCCCGGAUGAUAGUAUUGAGUCCUGGGGAGAUUUUACCACAAGAGAAAAAGGACCCUAAAGAGCCCCUGGUGCCACCCCGCUUCAUUGAAAGGUUCAGCAAUAGGAAGGUGAAACAAGGAACAAGCAUCACUCUGUCUGUGAAAGUAGAAGGAUCUCCUACUCCCAUGGUCAACUGGCUAAAGGAGGAAUCUUUGGAGGAUGUCCUGUGGAUCAAGCCUGACACUAAAGGAUACAAAAUAGCAAGCUCUGGGCGCCACCACAGUCUCAUCUUGAUGGAUGUGGGCACAGAGUACACUGGUGCCUACACCUGCAUUGCAACAAAUAAAGCUGGACAGUCCAUCUGCACUGCUCACUUGGAGGUGGAUGAGACUCCUCAGCCCAAGAAAGAGACAGCGGCUUCAGAGGUUCUUGGGAUUACAGUUAGUCCUCCACAGGAAGAUACUAGCAGAGGAAAAGAGGGCAAAAUGCCUUUCCUAGGUGAAGUAGGUUCAGAGGAAUUCCUCAUGAAACUCACCUCUCAGAUCACUGAAAUGGUAUCAGCCAAGAUCACCCAAGACAGUUUACAGAAUCAUGAAGUGCUCCAGUGGAUGAAAUCUUGGCCCAAAUCUGCCACUUCAUUACGCGUACCAGGUGGUGACAGUGAUGAUGAGACCAAGACACCUUCUCCAUCACCUCAUCACGGUCGCUCCCGUCCUCCCUCCCUCAUUGCUGACUCCUCCUCUGAGUCUGAUGAAGGAGACGCCAGGGGAGAGAUGUUUGAUAUCUAUGUAGCAACAGCUGAUUACAACCCCAUCGUGGCAAGCAAAGAUUCCAUCUCUCUAAAAGAGGGACAGUAUGUUGAGGUUUUGGACUCGGCUCACCCACUCAAGUGGUUAGUUCGGACCAAACCCACCAAAACGACACCAUCCCGCCAAGGCUGGGUCUCACCGGCCUACCUGGACAAAAAACUCAAACUCUCCGCUGAUGCUGGCGAUCUUCCAGAAACAAGUGUGGAAGAGGUGUCUGAAGGAGAAUACAAGAGAAAAUUAUUCCAACUGAUCCAGGAACUGAUAAACGGAGAAUCAGAGUUUGUCAAGGAGGUGGAAUUCUUCACCUCCCAUCACCUGAAGCAUGCAGACAGUUCUGAUGCACCGCCUGACGUCACCAGCCAGAAAGAGGCUAUUUUCAGAAACAUUGAUGAUAUCAAAUCCUUCCAUAACAAGGCAUUCCUUCCGAAGUUGAAUGACUGCGACACUGAUGACGACAUAGCCAUGUGUUUUCUGAAGAACAAGGAGGGCUUUGAGAAGUACCUUCAGUAUCUUGUAGGUCAGAGUCAGGCUGAAUCUGCCAUCAGUGACAAGACUGUCCACAGCUUCUUUAAGGAAUAUACUGACACAGCGCAGGCUAAUUCAGACCCUGCAGAUCCACCAGUAAGAAGCAUAAAUGCCUAUCUCCAACAACCACUGGAGAGGAUUCAGAAGUACAAGGCCUUCCUGAAGGAGCUCAUUCGAAACAAAGCAAGAAAUGGUCAGAACUGCUGCCUGCUGGAAGAAGCUUUUGCAAUGGUGUCUGCACUCCCUCAGCGUUCUGAGAAUACACACCAUGUCUCCAUGAUUGAGAACUAUCCUGCCACACUCGAAGUUCUUGGAGAACCAAUUAGACAGGGGCCUUUCCAAGUGUGGGAGGGUGCUCCUGGAAUUAGAACGUCCUCUAGAGGUCACCACCGUCACGUCUUCCUCUUUAAGAACUACUGCAUUAUCUGCAAGCCCAAGAGAGACAGCAACACUGAUACACAAGCAUAUAUUUUCAAGAACAUGAUGAAGCUGAAUAACAUUGAUGUGAAUGAGACAGUGGAGGGUGAUGACCGUGCCUUUGAGAUUUGGCAUGAGCGCGAGGAUUCUGUGAGGAAGUACACCUUACAAGCCCGAACUGUUACCAUCAAGAACUCGUGGCUGAGAGACCUCAGAGAACUGCAGCAGCGAUACAGCAUGCCUGCAUGGAGUUCCCCUGAUUUUGAUGAAAUUCUGGCAAACUGCACAGCAGAGCUGGGCCAGACUGUUAAGCUGGCCUGCAAAGUUACUGGAGUACCCAAACCUGCGGUUACCUGGUACAAGGAUGGACGCGCAGUGGGGGCAGAUCCUCAUCACAUCAUCAUCGAGGACCCUGAUGGUUCCUGCACACUAAUCCUGGACAAUAUGACUGCAGAUGAUUCUGGUCAGUACAUGUGCUUUGCCACAAGUCCAGCUGGCAAUGCCAGUACUCUGGGAAAGAUCACAGUUCAGGUACCUCCUCGUUUUGUAAAUAAAAUAAGGAAUGCCAUCUUUGUUGCCGGUGAGGACGCUCAGUUCACCUGUGUAAUACAAAGCGCCCCCAAGCCCAAAGUGAGGUGGUUCAGGGAGGGCAGGCUGCUGACUGACCAGCAGAAAUAUCAGACCUACAGUGAGCUCCGGAGUGGCGUUCUGGUUCUGGUAAUCAAAAACCUGACAGAGAGAGACCUUGGGCACUAUGAGUGCGAGUUGUCAAACCGUCUGGGCAGUGCAAAGUGUGCUGCUGACUUGGUCCUCCCCUCCGCUGUGGCUCGCUCUGGUGAGCAGGCCAUCACCAUUGAAGUUACCGAGCAGGAGACGAAAAUACCAAAGAAAACCAUCAUCAUUGAGGAGACUAUAACCACCGUGGUGAAGAAUCCUCGAAUGAGAAGACACAGAUCACCUGGCUUGACUCUUGCUGGUGUCCACCGCUCUGAGACUUCCACCCCCGAGCCUCCUACAGCAAGGACAAGGAGGAUGCCCACUCCAAGAAAGACCACUAUCCCAACUCUCUAUGUUACUGAUCCCCAGGGGGCGGAAGCCAGGGGAAUAGAGAGCAAGCCCAGGUGGGUUGAAGUAGAAGAGGUCAUCGAGUAUAAGGUCAAUAAGUCUCCCAGGUUGUCCAGGAGGAGAGGUAUUUCGCCAGCAGGGUCUGAUCGUGCAGGCACACCCUCGAGACCCAAAAGGUCUCCAGUGGAAAACCCAAAUGCUAACAAUUCCAACAACAAGCUUGUGGAGCAAGCACAAGCCCACCUGCAGGGAGACAUCAGCAGCCAGCCGCUCUCCUGGGAGGAAGAGGUGACUGAUGCUGCAUCUGGGUCUGCUUCUGGGGAGCCGCACGAGCUCUCUUCUGUCCUCGCUACAGCUGGAGAAGAUCACGACGACCAGGAUGAUGAACAAACUGUAAUUUUUGAACCCGAUGAUGAGGAGGAUACAUCUGCAAGAAAGCAAGAGCCUGUGUUCCUUAAACAAGGAGAUCAUGUUUUAACCCUUGAGGACUUGGAGGAUUACGUCCCAGAGGAAGGAGAGACUUAUGGCUCCUCCCACACGCAACACGUUGACGAAAAGCCGUGUGAGAUCUCUGUACUUCAGAGAGAGAUUGGCGGUUCUACAGUGGGACAGCCGGUGCUUCUCAACGUGGGCCGGCCUGAUUCGGUGCCCCGGCAAAGGACUGGCUUCUUUAGUCGGUUCAGGGAGAAUCUCUCCAGCAGCCUUUUCUCAUCUGCUGUCCCACCGCAGGCCAGGGAGGCUCGGCCCAGGGCGGAGAGGAACGUGCCUAUUCAAGUGAGCCAUGCAAAGCUGGAAGUGAAGCCUUCUUACUGCUCAGAGGUGCAGAGAGUUGAGGGCAGGCAGCAAAGUUUUAAAACCAAAGUGUCAACUCAGACCUAUGGUUACACAUCAGUUGGCAAUCCUGUCACUCUUCAAAUUAGAGAUGACCUUUAUCAGAACCAGUGAAAAGCAAACAUUUAAUUUGGCAUCACAAACCCUCUUAGUCUUAAAUAGGGACAUUCACUAUACAUGAAAAUACAGAUCGUAACCUGAGCAACAUUUACUGCAUUUGACAAACCAUUCCAUUUUUAGCCUGCCAAUCAGAUAAUAGUGUCCUCCUUAGAUAUUUUCUUGACAGAUUGUUAGACUCUACUGUCGCUUACAGAUGAGAUGGAAACUAUAGGGAUAAUGGUUUCACUGUAGGCAGGUUUCAGUCUGAUGCUGUUCUGCUAUGAAACAUAUACAUGUUGUGUGAUGUACAAUAUGCAUGAUGGGCAGAAGCUAAGAAAGGUCUGACAUUUACUGAUUAAAACCUUCAUAUCUAAUGGUGAGUUGAAGUCUUUAAAUAAAAGAAAUGUUUUUUGGUUAUACAUACAGUGAUUGACAAAUUUAUGAGACUGCCACCCCCAGUGUAAGGUUUAUGUCACAGCUUCCUAAAUUAACCGUACUGGUGAUUACCAAAAUCAGUUUUAUGUUUCUGUGAUGGUGAAUCCACUGGCAUGCCAUAUUACAGUUAUUUACUCGCAUGAUUGUUAUAAUUAAUUUGUGACUGAGAAGAAAUCUAGUGUCUAUUUUUUAUUGGUCUUUAUUGGGUAUAAAAUGCAUUUUUGAGAGAUAACAAAUUACAGUGAUGUUUAACAGUGUACCUACGCUGAAUGAUCAGCUUUACUCCCCAGUAUUAACUGAUCCAGAUGUAAUCCUUAGUCCAUUGCAACAUACAUGAAUAGGAUUUUUUCAGGUUUUACUUUGGUACCAUUCAGGUCAUGCUAUGGCACUUUGGAUUCCUGGAGCUGGAAAUAUUGGGAGGUAAUGAGAUGCAUGUUUCAAGUAAGCAACACUGAAUAUAAAAGUAGUGUAAACUUGGGGACUGUUGUGUUUCAGGUCCUGUUAGUUAAUCAAAUUGGAGAAUCACAAGUCUCUACUACAUUAUUUUGUGGUGUUGUGAAUGAUUCCUUAGUGAGCAGUUUAUAAACGUGACAUUUGUGCGAGCAAAUCAUUUGGUAGGUGAACAGAUGCCUGUUUCCAAGUUCCUACCAUCAACUAACUGAAUUUUUUACUCAACUUUUUUGGCAUUUGUGUCUGCUAGUGCAGUGAAACAGCCUGUAAACUCAGGCUGUUACAGGGAUAUUCCUAUGCAAGUGACAAAUAUGUAGAUGAGUGACUGCAUGUAUUUGCUUCUCCAAGACAGAUGUGUUUCUCUAGAAUAACCAGUUGUCAUCCUAUAUUUGAUUGAGCGCAGAUGUUUAUGCAAAGUACUUCAGCUGACAUAAUUUACUAACUUUUUAGUGCAAUUUAAAAGUAACUAGAGUAACUUCCUAAUUAAACAUGUGUGGUGUUUGUGUUGAUCAAAAGGUGUCUGUUAAAAGGAUGAUUUUAUGUAAUAAUUUUAAAUCACAAACUGAUUGUACUUGCUUGUACUGUACAUGUGUAGUUUUGGACAAAACAUGGUUGAGUACAACGUGUUCAAUUGAAUAAAAGUACUGCAAAUACGCCACAUAA